UGCGCCCACAGUGAUCACUUUUCAGCCCGAGGACAGUAAAAAACCAAGUGCAAAUGACGGAAACUGGCAAGGCUGUUCCGGAGACCAAGGGAAAAGCCAUGGCUUUCCACUCUCAAAAAGAUAUGUUUAAGAAGAUGGAAGAGUCUUUUAAAAUCUGCGCAAAUUGUGAAAAGUGGCCGGAACAACUUUCACAUUUGCAGAGCCUGAAGCGUUGUGUCAAAUGUCUAAAUGUUUACUAUUGCUGCAAACAAUGUCAGAAGGAUGACUGGCCCAAACACAAGAAGUUCUGCCCUCAGCUGCGACUGAUUGCUAUGGACCGAGUUGUGGAGUGGCUCGUGUUUAAAGGAGAUUUUCCUUUUCCUACUGAAAAGUGGUCCAAGCCUCUGUCUGAGGUUAAUGGUUGGGAUGACUGGCUGUCCAUGCAGGGAGAUCUUGGGGCUCGCCUCCAUCCCAUUUUAACUGGAGCCAACAUGAAAGACUUGUGGAGCAAUGUUGACCGUCCUCGGCCUGACGAUGACGACCUGAAACAGUCGCUCUGGAGGGUUUCAAGUGAGUUUUUCUCCAGGCCGCUGACGAUAGCGUUGGGGAUGCGGCUGUUUGGCCUUCACCCUAUGUCCAAACCUCUCACGGUUCACCUGGUGGGAGCGGGCUACAGUGAGACCGUGGGAGUCAGACUGACUGAUUAUGAUGAGCUGAACCGCAUAUUUCCUGGACACCAGGGCAUAGAAGUGGUCAUGGUGGGACCUGAGCUGGUUUAUGGUCCCAUCAUCAGGCCCCCCCUCAGGGCAUUUGGCCCCCGGCAGAGGGUCUACAUCAGCGCCUAUAAGGGUCUCUAUCACCAGUUUUGGGAGGAUCUGGUGGAGAAAGGAGAAGCUGCCAAACCAGAUCUGGUGGUUGGAUUUCAUCCUGGGUUUGAUGCCAGUCAAGGCUUGGACCAGGGUUGGCUUCCAACACUUCUGCUCCUCAGGGAUUAUGAGAUUCCUUCUCUUUUCACUGCUCUAACUGUGUCCGAGAUGACCUACUCUCUGCAGAUCCUGUUGGAGCUAGAGAUGCACAUGAAGGGAAGUGGAAUAAAUCCCUUUGCAUCUUUGAAGCCAGAAGUGGUGGGCUCGAGUCCCAACAUACCUCCAGUGUUCUGCAAUUCCCACUACUUUUGUUUUCAGGGUCUCCUGGAGACUACAGAGUUUGACAAACCGGAGGAGGCCUGAAGGAUC